AUGGCUACAGUGAAAUACACCUGGAAAAAAUAUUUGAAGCCGAGCGGGUCAUUUUUCAUCGGGAGCAGUCCGGAGUUCGAAAUGGCGCUCGACACGCUUUGCUUCCUCACCUCUCGGCCCCGUGGCCCAUGCAAAUUUGAACUGGAAAAGUGCUCGUUUGGGAUGACAAGUUACGAACUGAUCCAGAAGGAAAAAGUUUACAUCGGGACGAUUUAUCCCACUGCUGGAAAGAUGACCGAGAAAUGUCGCCGACAUAGCAUCAACAAAAGCUGUAUGUGA